AUGGGGACGGGCCCUGCCUGGCAACGGCGCUCAUUAAGGAGCAGCGUUAAUUACGGGCCGCGGGUGCUGAAGCUCUGCUCGGCCGUGCUGGAGGCCGGGCGGGUUCUGGAAGGUUCCAGCCGCGCCUUCGCCGCGGGGCUCCGGGAGCUCGCGGGGACCCCCCGGGGGGACCCCCUGGUGCGGGAGGCCCUGGAGAAGUUCUGUGACUCCCUGGAGCAGAUGAUGGACAGCCACGAGGAGCUGCGGAGCUGCACCCAGAGCGCCCUGAGGAGGCACCUGCAGCCCCUGCGCGAGGCUCUCCGGGGGCUGCGCUCUGCGGGCCGUGAGCGGGCGCGUUCGGCCGAGCUCCUGCAGGGGGCGCUGCAGCACCACGCCGAGGUCCCGCGGCGCCGCCCCCUGGAGGCGCAGGAGGCGGCGGCGGCGCUGGGCGGGGCCAGGGGCGUGGCCAGAGCCAGGGGGCUGGACUAUGUGCUGCAGCUCAACGUGGUGCAGGACAGGAAGAAAACGGAAAUUCUGCAAUUUGUGCUGUCGCUGUUGGAGGCUCAGGCCGCGUUCCUGAGCCGCGGCCACCAGGGGGCGACAGCGACCCGCGACUACCGGGGACAGCUGGGGGCGCAGGUGGGUAUUUGGGGAGGGGUGCUGUCGCUGUUGGAGGCUCAGGCCGCGUUCCUGAGCCGCGGCCACCAGGGGGCGACAGCGACCCGCGACUACCGGGGACAGCUGGGGGCGCAGGUGGAGCGGGCGGAGCUGGAGGGGGCGCGGCGCCAGCGGGACCUGGAGCAGCGGCACCGCCUCCUGAUGCAGCAGGACCUAUCACAGGAUGAGGUGGGCGGGGCCGCGGGGGAGGCGGGGCCUCGGGCCCCGCCCAUGGAGGGUUACCUGUACAAGAGAGCCAGCAACGCCUUCCGCACCUGGAGCAGGCGCUGGUUCUUCAUCCAGAGCAACCAACUGCUGUACCUGAAACGGGCCCGGGACCCCCCCACGGUGGUGGUGGAGGAUCUGAGGCUCUGCACCGUCAAACCCUGCCCCGACCUCGAGCGCCGCUUCUGCUUCGAGGUCGUCUCCCCGUCCAAGAGCUGCGUCCUGCAGGCGGAUUCGGGGGGGGGGCAGCGGCGUUGGGUCAGCGCCGUCCAGAGCGGAAUCGCCUGCGCCUACGGCCAGAGCGCCCCGGGGCAGCCCCCCGAGAGGUCCCGGGGGGUCUCGGGGCCCCCCCCGGAGCCCCCCCCGGUUUUGGGGGCGGUUUUGGGGCUGGAGGGGAACGGGAGCUGCUGCGACUGCCGGGACCCCUCCCCACAAUGGGCCAGCGUCAACCUGGGCAUCACCCUGUGCAUCCAGUGCUCGGGGAUCCACAGGUUGGAUUUUGUGGUUCCCGGGGAACUGAUGUGUGCCCUGGGGAACCGAGCCCUGAACGGGAUCUACGAGGCUCGGGUGGAGGAGAUGGGGGUCAAGAGACCCCCCCCGGGCUGCUCGCGGGCCCAGCGCGAGAGUUGGAUCCGGGCCAAGUACGUGGAGAAGAAAUUCCUGCGGGGAUUCCCCGGCCACGCCCCCCGGCCACGCCCCCCGCGCCAGGGCCACGCCCCCCAGCCCGGCCCCGCCCCCCGAGGGGGCCCCACACAAGAGCCGGGUGACCCCGAGGCCGCCCCCUGCCUGCACCCCGGGGCUCUGCUGUUCUGGGCCGCCCGGCGCCGCCGCUUGCCCACCAUGGCCGACGCGCUGGCCCACGGCGCCGACCCCGGCUGGGUCAACGCCGCCGAGGACAACCGCACCCCGCUGCUGGAGGCGGUGGCCGUGAAUUCCCUGCUGGCCUGCGAGUUCCUGCUGCAGAACGGAGCCAGCGUCAACCAGAGCGACAGCCGCGGGCGGGGGCCGCUGCACCACGCCACCAUGCUGGGACACACCGGCCUGGCCUGCCUGUUCCUGAAGCGGGGGGCCGACGUCAACGCGGUGGACGCGGACGGGAGGGACCCCCUGACCAUCGCCAUGGACUUGGCCAACGCCGACAUCGUCACCCUGCUGCGAUUGGCCAAGAUGAGAGAGCUGGAGGUGAUUUUGGGGCCGAUCCCCGGAUUUUGGGGUCCCAAUUUUGUCGCCCCGCCCCCAGGUGACGACACCUACCUCGACAUCUUCCGCGACAUCUCCCUGAUGGCCUCGGACCACCCCGAGAAGCUCGCCCGGGCCCCUCCCCCCAAGCACUCCACCCUUUAGCCCCGCCCCCUCGGC